AUGCAUUCCUGCGUCCGUCCAAACACGCACGUCGCCUUGCGACUGCCCUCCGGCCUUUUCAAGAUAGUCGAGAUCACACCGAAUACUAACAUCAAUCUUGGAAAGUUCGGCACCUUCAACUCGAACCUGCUCCUCGGCCGGCCAUACUACCUCACCUACGAACUCCUCGACAAGGACGACGGCAAGUCCAAGACGGAGCUGCGCGUCGUACCCGCCUCCGAACUCCAUGCUGAAGCUCUGGGCGAAGACCAUGCGCCCGCUGCCGAGACAGGCGAUGAGAAUGCCGAGGGCGCUGCCGGUUUCGACAUUGUCGGGGAAGAUGGGCAGGUCAUAAUGCGGAACAACCGCCUGACUGUCGAUGAUGCGUCGCGUCAGGCGCUGUCCAUGGCUGAGAUUGAGGAGCUGAAGAAAGCGGGGACAGGUUCCGGCAAGGACAUCAUCGCCAAGAUCAUGGCCUCCCACAAUGCCAUUGACGAGAAGACGAGCUUCUCGCUCGCCAAGUACACGCUAAGAAAGUCGAAGAAGUACAUGAAGCGCUUUACGGCGCUGCCCAUGGAUAUCGGGCUGCUUACAGAAUACGUGCUGGAGAAGGAGGCAUACAAGAUCAUGGAGUUGAGGGAAGAUCUACUGGGCUUGAUCAACAGCUGGGCGAACGUACACUCGGGAGCCACCAACCAGAUUCUCACGGGAGAAGACGGUAUCAGCCAGAUAGGAGGAGGGCGAUGGCUCGUGGUAGACGAUACAGGAGGUCUCGUUACAGCAGCGCUCGCAGAGAAGAUGGGCAUCCUCUACCCCGAGGAAGAAGACGACGACUCGGAAGACGAGGCCGAAGAUGUCGAGAUGAAUGGUACGGCAGCGACAGAGACAGCGACGAACCCCGCCCCAGAGACAAAGGACACAGAUACCGCCAUGCCUGACGCCGACCCUUCAGAUCCUCCUGCGCGCCCCCGAAAACCUCCCCGCCCACACAUCCCCCAAAUGUCCGCGCAUACCAAUACUCUCACUGUUCUCCACCCGAACAAUCAACCGAACCUUUCCUACCUCAAAUACUUUGGCUACGACUACGGCGCCCCAACACCCGAGCACCCACUCUACAAACACCUAAAGUCCAUAUCCUGGCUCGCGCUCCUCCACCCAGAAGACGACCCUACAUACGACGAGCCUGAGGUCAUCUCUGAAGAGGUGUUGGCUGGCAUGAAGAGUACGAAACGGGGCACAUAUUACAAGAAGAGGAGGAGGUGGGAGAGGGUAAAGGGUGUCGUAGAUGAGACUAGACGGGGUGGCUUCGAUGGGUUAGUUGUAGCUACGGCCAUGGAUGCAAAGACCGUACUCAAGGAACUCGUUCCCUUAGUUAGGGGAGGAGGCAGGGUAGUCGUGUACAACCCCAACGUCGAACCCCUUGUCGAACUCUGCGACCUCUACUCCAAGGAACGGAGGGCGGCGUACAUAGCGCGCGAAUUUGGACCCCCGCCAACUACGACACAGACCAACGGAAACAAGAAUCGCAGGGGAGAAGAGCAUGUCGAUACAACUGCUAGUACACCGGAAGGUGGCAACAACGAAGAAGAAGACUUCCCGGUCAAUCCUACCCUGCUGCUUGCGCCCUCGCUGCAGACGGCACGUGCGAGACAAUGGCAGGUUCUUCCAGGCAGGACGCAUCCUAUGAUGACGAGUAAGGGUGGAGCGGAGGGAUAUUUGUUCACUGCUACAAGAGUGUUACCGGUGGAGGGUAGAGUGGAGGCUCGAGGACAUCAUGGGAAGAAGAAGAGGAAGAUCGAGUUGGAAGAAGGGGGCGGGGAUGGUACGGUGGUGUAG